UAGUUUCUCGAAAAAUAUUUAUUUUAUGUUGGAAUUUUUUUUAAAACAAAUUAUAUUUACAUUGUAUAGCCUCCGUUUUAUGUUCGGAAAGGAUUAAGAAGUGGGAUGGGGAUAGAAAAGCAUACUUGGUAACUGAUAUAUAUUAUAUUUGUUAGAUAAUAUUUGUCGCAGAUUAGGAUAAUUUUGUAUAUAUUUUGUAUAUCUCGUAUCCUUAUCAUAAUAAUAUAGGAUUACGACUCUCUCUUGUAAACCGCUAUAUAUAUAAAUCAAUGGUACACACUCCAGGAUGAGGAGUUUUCCCGAAAUCUAACAUGGUAUCACAGCUUUAGGUUUCGAUCCUAGGAAUACUAUUUUUUUUUUCCUGUUUUCCACGCUUUCGUUCUUCUUCACCUAACACCGCCCACUUCUCAUGGCCAAAGACGACAGCACCCCCCCUCCUCCACCGCCGCCGCCGGCCAACAAAUUUCACCCAGCCCUCACUGUUAAUAACAUAAAGAAUGCAAUCCCACAUUCCCACUCACUCUAGAUUUCUAGAAUGUUCAUUAUUCUAGUUGGGUAGAAUUAUUCCAAAAUCAUGUAUGUGAGUAUAAUGUUCGUGACCACAUUGACCCGAAAAUACCGAGGCCUUCUGAUAUUUCUGAUUCUUUUUGGACAAGAUUAGAUUCCAUUGUUAAGCAAUGGAUCUAUGGAACCAUCUACGUCGAUCUCCUCACGAUGAUCCUCUCACUGGACUCCACCGCACAACAAAUUUGGGAUCGCAUCAAAGAAAUUUUUCAAGAUAAUAAGAGCACAAGGGCGGUGUACCUUGAAAAUCAGUUUAACGUUCUUCAUCUUGAGAAUUUUCCAAACGUAACUGCUUAUUGCCAGCGUCUGAAGAGUAUUUCGGACCAGCUUGCCAAUGUGGAUCAGCCCGUCUCCGAUCAGAAGCUCGUACUUCGUCUUGUUGCAGGUCUUACAAAAUCGGAAUUCGACACAGUAGCAACCAUGAUUGCCCAAACUGAUCCCCUUCUCUCCUUCAACACCGCACGCUCCCGUCUACUUCUUGAGGAAACUCGCCGGAGUAAUGAGUCCACUCCGGCCCCGUCUUCGUUUGUGGCCCAACAACAACCUUCGGGAUCUGCCGAUUCCUCGCAUCAACAACAACAAAACAACAUCGCCGGAAGAGGUAGUGAUACUGGGCGCGGACGCGGCGGUGGUGGUGGCAAAAACCGCGGCAAGGUGCGUGGUCGUGGAGCUCCGGGUCGUGGCAGCACUCCUGGUCAACAGCAACAGACUUCGCAACAUCAACAACAUCAAUCUUCUAAUUGGCAGCAGCAACAUCCUAAUGGCAAAACUUUGGCUCCUCAAAACCCUUGGCCCAAUCCGCCAUAUGGACCUCAAGGGUAGGCUCUUCCGCCGGCCCCUUUUCCAACAUCUGGGCAGGCCACACCAUCCUACAAUCAUGGGCCAACUCAGCAGGCCUACUCAAUGAUGCCACCUCAGCAGGCCUACGGGCCACUUAUGACUCCUACAGAGUUCGAAAGUGCGUACUCAUCGAUGAACUUUACACCACCGGACAACGGAUGGUACAUGGACUCCGGAGCUACAUCUCACAUGACCAAUAAUGCCGGAUCUUCGCACGGGGAGGGUAAUAACGAGAUGCAAUAGCACCGGAGAACUUUAUCCAGUCACCUCAAAUUCACCAAGCACUUGCCUAGCCACAACUCUCACUGCAGCUACCCUGUGGCAUGAUCGUUUAAUACAUCCCGGGGCUUCCUCUUUAAGUUUUCUUAGGAGCAAUAAUCUCAUUACUUGUAAUAAGGAGCAUGACUCCACUUUUUGCAAUUCAUGUCAGAAAGGGAAACAUGUUAGACUUCCGUUAUAUGAUUCAAAUAAUAAU